AUACGUAACCUAUUCAAUCUUCCCUUCCCUUGUCACUGUAUACGCACGCUCGAUCAAUCGGUCGAUCGCUCCAAAAGACUCGUCUCGUCCUCCUCGAUCGGACUCUAAUUUCUGAUUGCUCAUCGCAGGGUUCCAUGGCGAAAAGCUCCUUCAAGUUGGAACAUCCCUUCGCUAGGCGUAGUGCUGAAUCUGCUCGUAUCAGGGAAAAGUACCCGGAUAGAAUUCCGGUUAUUGUGGAGAAGGCUGAAAGAAGUGAUAUUCCUGACAUUGACAAGAAAAAAUAUCUAGUUCCUGCUGAUCUGACUGUUGGACAAUUUGUAUAUGUCGUUCGCAAAAGAAUUAAGCUCAGUGCUGAGAAAGCCAUAUUUGUCUUUGUUAAGAACAUUCUCCCCCCGACCGCUACAAUGAUGUCUACAAUCUAUGAGGAAAAUAAAGAUGAGGAUGGAUUUCUGUACAUGACUUACAGUGGAGAGAAUACUUUUGGAUUUGUCUGAAAUUGUUUGAGCAGAACUUUAUUUGCAGUCCAACAACAACUUGUAAAUACACUUUAAUUUCGUAUAUGGUUUCCUUCUUAAGAAUUGCUAAAUCGUAUUCCUGUUGACUUUUCGAGUACAUUUUCUACAAACUCUGUUCAGUAUCGUUGAAAUACAUGGUUACCUUGUUCAAAAA